AUUUUGCAAUUUAUAAACGCAAAGAAAGCUAAGUGGAGAGAAGAAAAGAUUCCCUACCGCACCCGCCCCACCCCCGCUCCACCCACCCACCCAGCUUUUCCCCCUUUCGCUGUCAUUCCCAAAACCGAUCUUUUACUCCCCUCUCUCCUCAUUUCUUCCAGUCUUCCUUUCCCUUUUUCUUCUUCAUCUGGGUCUACUCCCUACAAAUUAUCUCACCUCAAAAUCUAAUAUUUCAGCUUUUGUGUAGAAAGAACCAUGGCAACUGUUAUUGAAACCCAGAGUUUGGGCUUUUUGGUAAUUGUACUUGCUCUAGCUGUUAGUGUUAGGGGAAAUUCAGAAGGGGAUGCUUUGUACGCCCUCCGUCGGAGCUUAUCCGACCCGGAUAACGUGCUCCAGAGCUGGGAUCCGAAUCUUGUAAACCCUUGUACUUGGUUUCAUGUUACUUGCAACGGCGAUAACCACGUCACUCGUGUGGAUGUCUCAAAUAACAAUUUGUGUGGAACAAUUCCUACUUCUGGUCCAUUUGAGCAUAUUCCACUGAACAACUUUGAGCACAAUCCUCGACUUGAAGGUCCGGAGUUGUUGGGACUCGCUAGCUAUGACACCAAUUGCUCUUAGGAAAGUUGAUGAAUAGGCUGAGAAGAACAGCCGCUUUUUGUGGAAGUUCACAUAAAUCCCUUCCCUGAAUGUUGGUUAUGAUUGUACUUACUAUGUGUCCAAGUUGUAAUUGUAAGGAAAGAUAUGAUGUAUGUAGGAUAUUAGUAAGUUAAUGAAUGUGUGUAAAACGGUCAAUAUACUGCUACCAAGUGCUAAUGUAUUUUAUAUUUCAAUGUUCAGUGGGUUUAGAAAGAUCUUUUCCUUACUAUACA